GUCCCCGUAAUGCAUGUAUUCCAUGACUUCAGGACAUCAUAUGUCGGAGAUGGCUAGGUCGCCAAUGUGCGCAGAGCCCCAGCCGAACCCGCGUCACUUAUGACUGUUCCAUCACAAGCACGUCCAUGCCUUCCGUCAGAGUCAAAGGGUACAAGAUGGUAUUUGCCCCGAACGAGGUGCUUGACUCGGACAAGCUGGCCUGGAGCCUGAUCUGCGUACUUUGAUCCGAUAGCGAGUAGACGAUCAACGCGAACACGACGUACCUAGUCUCCUUGGAUGAGGACCUUGCUUAUGGAGUACCAGGCGCGAAUGACGCAGCAUGCAAGAUUCCUCGGAGCAAGUAUGCGUCCACGCUCGCGCCGCGCCCCGCGGACUGCAGCGGUUUUCAUCGUUCGUAAGCGAUAGCACAAGCUCUUGACAUGGUUGAUUAAUGUAUACCACCGUACAGAGCGGGACGUUAGUGUCUUCCGCACAGGUACUGAUCUGUGUACGGCUGGUACCAAAUGGCAUCGGGCCCGGGCUUCUGCUGUGGGUUUUGCCGUCCGGAGCCUGGACCACGCUAUGGGCCCGCACUUUCGCGGCUUCCGACGAUCCCCAAUUCAGCGUCGCAGAUGUCUUCGUCCGUUGGCGAUCCCGACGAUCCACGCUCGAUGAAGCACAAGUUUCACUGUGUUUUUGUGCAUGACGCAGGUCGAGGAUGCGCUCAGUAUAUCACGGUAGAAGAGCGUCGAGUUUUCUUCCUCACACCGUGUCGUGGUAUCCACGAGAUCGAGUUCAAAUAUAGGUCCAGCUACGCCGUCCGAGCAAACAGCAUGCACAGCGAGUCUCCCGGAAGAAGACCACUGCGGUAAGGGCCCUACGGCGAAGUCCCGGAUCUCGGUCCUUGUCGCAGUCUUGCGCGUGAGUACGAACGCGCACCAGGUCGAUGUGCUGCGAUAACCCGAUCCGCAUGAAGGU